AAAACAGUAAAGUUAUUUUCUAAAUGUGUUGUAUAGAUAUUUAUAUAUAUCUAUUUAACCAGUUUUUUUUUCUUUUAAAAAAAAAAAAAAAAUAGGUCCACCUGUUCGAUUUAUGUUGGAUGAACUUAAAAAGAUCAAAAGUCCAAUGAGUCGAGAUGAUUUUGAAUGUAUACCAUGUGAUGAAACAAUGUCAGGAGGAUUUUCACCUACUGAAGGUGUCAUAUUAUGUCAAAAUCGUCUUGCUUCAAAACGUCAUACAGAAGUUACUAUGGUUCAUGAAAUGGUUCAUGUGUAUGACGACAAGAAAUUUAAAGUAGAUUGGUAUAAUUUGAAACAUCAAGCUUGUAGUGAGAUUAGAGCAGCUAGUCUAAGUGGUGAUUGUCGUUGGACAAAGGAAAUUCAAAGAGGAUUCUUUACAUUUACAAAACAACAUCAAGAAUGUGUUAAAAGAAGGGCCAUUUUAGCGGUUACGAAAAAUCCAAGUUGUAAAAAUGAAGAAGAUGCAGAACGUGCAGUUUUGAGUGUUUUUGAAAGUUGUUUUGCAGAUACAAGGCCAUUUGAUGAAAUAUAUUAAAACAAAACAAGCAUAAAAAGAAAAAGAAAAAGAAAAAAAAAAAAUCACGUAUAUAUUUUGGACAUGUUACACUUCGUGACGCGAUCUUUUUAAUUUAUUAUAGUUUACUUCCCCCUUAAAAUAAUAAUAAUUUUUUU